AUGCUGACACUUUUGGAACCACCAGGUGGUAAGCGUGUGCAAGCGCUCGCUAAUCGCUCUGCGCAACACCUACUUAGGCUAAAUCCGGAAGAAGAAGAGUAUUUUGAUGCUACCGAUUACGAUUCUCCGAACGAAAUUAUCUCCAGUAGUAAUGCUUUCAAACGCUUUCUGGAUAAAUACCUCGUGUGGAAAUCAAGCUCAGACGAGUACAAUGACCGUUGGAAGCGCGAGUUUUUGAAGCAGCCGUCAUGGUGCGAUGCUGAUCUUUGCCUGCAGCAGAUCAAAAGAGUGAGUAUUUUUAAAAGUGUUUUCACAUCGGUUUGCACC